GCUAGUCACACUUUCUGCUGGUCAAUGUGGCAGACAGGACUGAAGCCUUGGCAGCGGGAACUGUCUUCAAGUUUGACAUAAAUGCGAGUCGAACGCGUUGUUGAAGUACUGAAAUCGAACUAGGAGAAAAUCCCGUCUUUUAAAUCACUGGAUUGGUAUAGUUGUUUUCUCUGACGAAAGAUUUUGCGGUGUAGAUUUCUUAAAGAAAAUGGCGGAUGUUGCAACGACCGGUGUGGAGAAAAGUCUAGAUGAUUUCUUCGCCAAGCGAGAUAAAAAGAAGAAGAAAGAGAAGGGCAAGGCCAAGGAAUCCGGAUCUGGGACUACCCCAGCUGCUGUGAAAAAGACUAAAAAAGAAAAAGAAAAAUCGACGAAAAAUGAAAAUCAAGACGCUCAAGUUGAAAAGGAGGAUGAGGAAUGGAAGGACUUUGAGCAGAAAGAGGUGGACUACAGCGGACUCAGGCUGCAGGCUCUGCAGAUCAGUGAUGAGAAAGAGGAGGAGGAGUAUGAGAAAGAGGAGGUUGGUGAGGAUGGAGAGAUCAUUCUAGUGAGUGGAGAUAAAGUCUGCGGACCCUGGAACAAAGCUGGUCCCACACCCACCCCCGCCGCCGCUCCAGUGGAGGAAGUGGAGGUGCCUGAGCCGAAGCCCGCAGGAGUGUACCGACCCCCAGGAGCCCGACUAACCACCACUAGGAGGGGUCCAUCACAGGGACCCCCCGAAAUCUUCAGUGACACCCAGUUCCCUUCUCUUCAGGCCACAGCCAAGCAUGUGGAGACUCGCAAGGACCGAGAGAUGGAGAAGACAUUCGAAGUGGUCAAACACAAAAACCGUAUCAGGGAGGGGGAGGGAGGACCCACCACACAGCAUUUACAGUUGGACAACCAGUACGCCAUCCUGGGAGACAAGUAAAAACCCCACAACGCUGCCCCCUCACCCCCCCUCAGCCCAUCUCCCAUGGUCCUGCUCAAGCUGGAUGGAGAUGCUGACCUACAGCUGUGCAUCACAGUCCUGACCACACUGGAGCUGCCUGUGUCAGACUGGACAACUACACACACACACACAUA